AGUAGGAUUGGUGAACUCAAUGAUUGAAUACGUGGAUCAUUUAGCGCGAGUGACUAAAAUUUUCAAUGGAAAAUCCAAUGAAUUCGAAAAUAAAGAAUAGUUUUUCAAUAGAAAAUAUUCUUGCUAAACAGCCGAUUGUUCGACAACACGAAGAUUGUGAUUUUGUUAGUAAUCAUAGCAGUGAUCGAGAUUUAUUUGAAAGUAAAAUUAGUGCUUGUGAUGAAGACUACAGGACGGAUAAGAAUUGUUUGAUGCCUGACUCAAGUUGCACAGAGGAUACAAAUGAAUUAUGCAGCGAUGAGGCUUCUGAGGAAAGUAAUUCUCAAAGUGAUGAUAGAAAGAAACGUCCACGAACUGCUUUUUCAGCGGCACAGAUUAAAGCUCUGGAAACUGAAUUCGAACGGGGCAAAUACUUAUCUGUGGCCAAACGCACGGCUCUGGCCAAACAAUUGCAUUUAACCGAAACACAGAUAAAAAUUUGGUUUCAAAACCGUCGAACGAAAUGGAAGCGAAAAUACACCUCUGAUGUCGAGUCUCUUGCAUCGCAGUAUUAUGCACAAAUUGGUAUCGGUGGGCUUGCAAGACCAAUGGUAGUCGGAGACCGAUUGUGGUUAUUCAGUCAAACACCGAAUGGCCCAGCACCAGUACAAUCGAUGAUAUUAAACAAUAAUCCGACUAUUCCUCCGCUUCAUCCGAGCAUGCGGGGCUUUCCAAGCUCUUCGAAUUCACCGAUAAUGGACAUGAAUUCACGUGGAACGUUAAUACCUCGAUCGCAGCCAUUACCGUAUGGUAUGGCCAAACCACUUACACCAUAUUCAACAAUUCCAAAUACUACCUUUGUAAACCGAAUUUCUCCGCAUUUCAAACCCUAUGAUACAUACAAGUAUCAUCGACCGUCCGGAGCAAUACGAAAUAUGGAAUAUCCUCCACCAAAAUCGAUGAAUUCUUUAUACAAAACCGAUUCAGUUACCGAACAGAGUUACUAUCAUUUAAAAUAUGUGCCGAACAGUUGUGGGUCGGCUGUUGGUCAAAGUAAUGGUCUAGCAGAAUUGGAGAAGGCAUUCGGCGGAGAAAGAAAUCAACUCAUCGACGGUCCGAAAGUCGGUGAAUCAUCGUUGAAGGAAGAAAUGCGUGACAGUGACGGAUCAUCCAGUGAAAUUGACUGCGAAGAAAUUGAUGAAUGAGGCACGUUUGUGUUUGUUCUCAAAUCUUAUUUUAAUUCCGUUAUCGGUUGGCUCUAGUCAAUAAUGCACAUAACAAUUAAACCAAGUUUUGUUGCCAAAUUGUUUUAAUGAUUUUCUAGUAUUCCGAGUAUUUAGCACGCUGACGACA